ACGAGGUAUUAGUAAAUAAAUCACAGAAACAAAUCGUAGAAUUUUUUGUUCUAUAAAAUAUUUAAAUGUAUGCUAUAUGUACGAAUAUGAAUUGCAAUUCAGCACCAGAAACUUUUGUAACAAAAUUUAAUGUCAAUGAAACUUACUUAUACGCAAAAGUGCAAUGGACCAAGAAUGAAACUGAUUUAUUUUGUAUUCAAAUUUUCAAUAAUGACCACAGCUGGUAUGGUAGUUUUUCUUACGAACAAGCAAAGUCGUUCGAAGAACGUCUUGACGAAAAUAGAGUCAUAUAUUCAGAAAAUAUAAAAAAUGCUUUAAAAAGAAAUAGUGAUAUGUUUUUAUACGACUUUAAGCAAUUGGAAGAAAAUCCGCACGAAGCACAAUUUUUUUGGAAAAAAAAAUUUGCGGACUCCUCUGCUGUUUUACUUCACGGCUUCGUAACUGUCAAAUGCGAUGUAUGUACCGUAUCAAAAGAUACCAUCAUAGAUUAUUUAUUAAAUGAAAAUGAAACUCUUCAAAAGGCAAUUGGAAACUUACAAAGCAAAAAUGACACGCUAAAUAGCGAACUAGAUGAAUGUAAGAGUGAAUUUGAAAAAUUAAUUGAUAUUAAGGACAAUUUAGAAACAAGUUUGUAUGGAAAAUUUGUUCAACUUUUAAAUUCUAAGAAAAGAAGAAUAAAAUUACUCGAGGAACACAUAGAUACUAUGGAAAGUGAAAAUUCAUAAUUUAAUACAUUUUAGGUGUUUACACAGUCUGUUUAUAAAUGUUAUUAAUAUUAAUACUAAAACAAAUUAAAUUUCGUUGAAUUAAGUUUUCCCAA